AUGUACGAUGCAGGGCUCCCUUUCAAUUGUGUUAACUACAAAACUUUUGAUAAAUUCAUUGAGGCCGUAAGACAAUAUGACCCAGGAAUGAAGUCUCCUAGCUAUCAUGAUGUUGGAGUAACUCAUCUUAAAAAAGAGGUGAAGAAGAUAGACAAGAUUGUAGAGAAGCAUAGAGGGGAAUGGAAUAAGUUUGGAUGUUCAAUUAUGAUGGAUAAAUGGACAACACGGAAUGAAAAAAUGGUCAUAAAUGUGUUGGUGAAUUCUCCAAGAGGUAGUGUUUUUCUUGAAUCUUACGAUGCUGGCAACUCUUCUACGGAUGCAACCAAAAUGUACAACUUGUUUGCAAAUACUAUUGAGAAAAUUGGGAAGGAAGAUGUUGUACAAGUUGUUACCGAUAACACUAGUGAGAAUGUUAGUGCGGGUAAGAUGAUGCAAGGUGUGUAUCCACACAUUUAUUGGACUCCACGUGCUGCCCAUUGUAUCAAUUUGAUGUUUGGUGACAUAUUCAAGGAAAACCCAUAUGCUUCAGUUUUCACUAAGGCCGUCAAAAUAUAUUCUUACAUCAGUCAGUUUCCAUUGUUGUUGAACUUGAUGAGGAAAUUUACCAAUGAAAGAAAUUUGGUGAGACCGUCCAAGACUAGAUUUGCAGCGGUUUACUUGACUUUGCAUAGUUUUUACUUGCAAAAGAAAAACUUGAGAAAGCUAGUUCUUUCAAAUAAAUGGAAAGAAAAUAGAUAUGCAAAGGAAGCUGUUGGGAAAGAAACUGCCAAAAUUCUUAUUUCUCCAUCAUUUUGGAAUGACAUCGUUCGGGCUCUUAAAGUUGCUGGAGUUGAGGAGAAUAUCUAUGGUCUUAGAGGGAGUUAUUCAAGUUCAAAUAACAAGGGAAAGGGAGUAGCUACAAGUUCAAGUCGGUCCCUAAUUGAUGAAGACUCUGAGGAUGAAGAAGAUGAUAGCCAAUAUAAUGCUAACACUUUUAAAGUUCAAGAAUUUGAAAUUCUUGAAGAAGAAUAG